AUGGUGUUCAAUCUCCGAACCUUCAGUUUUACCGAGUCCGAUGAAGACGAUCCAACACCUCCUAAAAGCUUCUCUCUAAAGGAGCUCCGAGUUGCGACGCACGACUUUAGCCAUCGCAACGUCGUGGGCGGAGGUGAUUUCGGCAUGGUUUAUCGGGGACACUUAGCCGACGGUUCUCAAGUGGUAGUAAAGAGAGCAUUCAUUAUCGACCAAGAAAGGGAAGAGAACUUUGGGAGGGAGAUGCAAGUGGCGAGAUCGGUGUCGACACACCCAAACGUGGUUAGCCUGAGGGGCUUUUGCAGGACAAAGAGAGAGCUUUUGCUGGUCUAUCCCUUGAUGAUCCACAACAGCCUCGCUUCUAAUCUUGGGGCACAAUCGGAACGGCCGACCGGACCUCUCGAUUGGACAACUCGCACACGCAUAGCCUUGGGAGCAGCCACAGGUUUAGCGCACCUGCACGAUCAAGGUAAUUUCAGGAUCAUGCACCGCCACAUUUGCCCACAUAGUAUAUUGCUGAACUCGCAAUUUGAGGCGGUGAUAACAGGUUUCUGCUCUUCCGUGAUCAUGCACAAGAGAAAUGUACAGGGGCGGACUAUAAAGUCCCAGGUAGAAGAUUCAGUUGUUUCCGGCUCCAGUUCUCAAACAUAUCAUUGCUAUGACGAUGUUUAUGUUGACAACCACAUCCACGGUGUGAAUGGGUUCAUUGCCCCAGAGUACAGAAACACAGGAAAGUGCACACUGAAGAACGACGUUUCGCCUACGGGAGAACGCUUCUUGGGCUCGUCUCUGGACAGGCGACUGGGAACCUUUUUCCGCCGGUGUUCGGGAAACUACGUGGAAAAGGAAGCAGAGGGACUAGUCCGGUUGGCAUUGUUGUGCGCACAUGAGAAUCCAUCUGUUCGACCAGAGAUGUCUGAAGUGGUUCGAAUGCUCGAAAGCCAGUUUCUUCAGCGGGACACUAGUUCAAGGAGUAGUUGGAGUCAAAGCGAGUGUGACUCAACUCCGUACUACUCUUUCCCUCCUUCUCCUUCUCCUAUGGGGAUUGCUCCCUGA